GAUUGAGAAAAAAGUAAUUGAAAGAAGGGGUGAAUUUUAUAGAGUGGAGCAAUAGAUAUUUGAUGUUUAGCGGCCGGAGAAAUCAUCGGCUGUGAGGUGACAGUAUAAAGGCAAAGAAUAUGCAGACAACAAAGAGAAUUAUGUUUUCUUCCAAACCAAUCUCCACAUUUCUUUUUCGAUUUCACUUUCACUUCCUCACUUUCUUCUCUCUUUUCUCAUUUCCCAUUUCCCAACUCCCAACUCUCUCUUCCCAUUUCCUCAAUCAUGGCCAAUCUUCCUGUCUUUCUGUUCGCUGAACCAACCACCGCCUUGGAACCCAAUCCUCCUCUUACGGACCUAACCAAUGUCUCUGUCGAUGAGCUCAUUCUCGCUCUCAACCACGCCCGUACUCGUGAACGUGCUUUGCACCUUCUUUCUCAGAACAGGAGUAUGUUUGAUAAUUUGGCUGUUCUGAUAUGGCAUUCCUUUGGUACUAUGUUUACCCUUCUAAAGGAAAUUAUGGACGUUUACCAUAUGCUGUCCAAGCCUGACCUUACAGAAAAAGAUUCAACUAGGGUCUGCAAUGCUCUUGCUCUUCUUCAGUGUGUAGCCUCUCACCCAGAAACAAGGGUGCCAUUUAUGAAAGCUAAAAUUCCACUCUAUUUGUACCCUUUCCUUAAUACCACCAUCAAGGAAAAACCUCAUGAAUAUCUCAGACUCACUAGCUUAGGAGUAAUUGGUGCACUAGUGAAGGUUGAUGACAAGGAAGUUAUUUACUUCCUACUCAAAACGGAAAUAGUUCCAUACUGUCUGCGAUGCAUGGAUGUGGGAAAAGGCUUGUCAAAAACGGUUGCCACGUUUAUUGUUCAGAAAAUUCUAAUGAAUGAAGAGGGAUUGAGGUACUGCUGUAUCAUAGCUGAUCGCUUUUUUGCAAUAACUCAUGCCUUGGAAACAAUGAUGGAAAGACUUUCGGAAGAACCCUCACAACGGCUGCUUAAACAUAUUUUUCGCUGUUAUCUUAUGCUCUCUGAAAGUCCAAGGGCUUGCCUGGGACUUGGGAGACUCCUUCCUCGGAUGCUAAACGACAGCGCCUUUACUGACCUCCUUCAUGAUGAUCCAACUGUCAUGAGCUCUUUCAAGCAGUUGCUUCGCAAGGUACAUCGAGACGAUGGAAACAAACAAGGCAAUCCAAAAACAGGCUGAAGUUAUGUGCAAACUUUGCCAAUUCUACUGCACAGAAUUAUAUAAUAACAUACACAUAGCUCUAAAAAUGAGUCAGUUCCUCCAUCUUUCACACAUCUCUUUACUAUGUAGAUCACAAGAGUAGAUGUUGUAAUUUGAACCACUUAAACCAUAGUGUUAGGCCUUUCUUGUCUUCUUCCAAGGCAUUUACUUUUUGUUUUUGUAUUCUCGUAACUCUGUUAAUUACAACAUUUUUGUUACUUAAUAUUUCCACUCAAAUAAACUAAGCAAAACUGGAAGCUUUUAACCAUACUA